AUGCUGGUGGCGGUUAAAGCUAUUGCAUCGGCUACGCAAAAAGCUGGAUUGGCCAAAUUGUAUGGUAUCGCCGGCUCGACCAACGUCCAGGGCGAGGAAGUCAAGAAAUUGGACAUCCUCUCCAACGAGUUGAUGAUCAACAUGCUGAAGGCAUCAACUCAGACCUGCCUCCUUGUGUCGGAAGAAAACGAUGAAUUGAUUACGGUCGAGUCGCGCCGUCGAGGAAAAUACAUUUGCUGCUUCGAUCCGCUGGACGGAUCCUCGAACAUUGAUUCGUUGAUCUCGAUCGGCACGAUUUUUGGCGUUUACAAGAGGCAAAGCGAAGAGGGAGAACCUACCGAGGCCGAUGUCCUCCGGCCCGGAAAGGAGAUGGUAGCAGCCGGCUACGCGCUGUACGGCUCGGCCACGAUGGUGGUACUGUCGCUUGGUGAUGGCGUCAAUGGAUUUACGCUGGAUCCGUCGAUCGGCGAGUUCAUCCUCACCCACCGCAGCAUGCAGUGCAAGCCGAAGGGCAGCACAUACUCGCUGAACGAGGGUUAUGCAGCUACGUGGAGCAAGGGAAUCGCGCAGUAUAUCCACGAUCGCAAAUUCCCGCCACAGGGCAAGAAGGGUAUGGGCCAGCGAUACGUCGGAUCGAUGGUCGCCGACGUUCAUCGUACUUUGUUGCAUGGUGGAAUUUUCCUCUACCCUCCAACGGCUUCUGCCCCCAAUGGAAAGCUCCGCCUCCUCUACGAGUGCAACCCGAUGGCCUACAUUCUAGAAAAAGCCGGAGGAUUGGCGACGACUGGGAAGGAACGCAUUCUCGACAUCGUUCCCACCAAAAUCCAUCAACGAGCCCCGAUUAUUCUCGGAUCAAAAGAAGACGUCGAGGAGGUCCUCGAAUACAUCCAAAAGCACGACCAA